CCCCGUGGAGGGAGGAAAGGCCCCCAAGAUGGCGAUGCUGGCGGAGCCCCGGAGAAAGCAGAAGUGGUCCGUGGAUCCACGAAACAGCGCUUGGAGUAAAGAUGACUCUAAAUUCGGCCAGAAGAUGCUGGAAAAGAUGGGCUGGUCCAAAGGAAAGGGUCUUGGGGCUCAGGAACAAGGAAAUCCAGAACACAUCAGGGUGAAGGUGAAAAACAACACUCUGGGAUUGGGAGCAAACAUCAACCACGAGGACAACUGGAUUGCUCAUCAGGAUGACUUCAACCAGCUCCUGGCUGAACUGAAUUAUUGCCAUGGACAGGGUGAAACAGAGCCCUCAGUGAAAAAUCAGAAAAAGACAUUCAGCCUCGAAGAAAAAUCCAAAUCUUCCAAGAAACGUGUCCAUUAUAUGAAGUUUGCCAAAGGUAAGGACCUCUCAUCCUGCAGUGAACAUGAUCUGUCCUGCAUCUUUGGUAGGAGACAGAAGAGUGGGAAGACACAGGAGGAUAUCACUGAUCCUGAGUCUCAGGAAGACAAGGAGAGCAAGGGCUGGCUCUCUGACCCUGCAGAUGGUUCCAACACAGUGAAGAGCGUUCUCACUGUGCAGGAGUAUUUUGCCAAGCGCAUGGCAAAGCUGAAAGGAUCCCGGAAGGAACCAGAAACAAAGGUGGAUAAUUCCAGCCCAACAGCUGAUGAAGCUUUGGAUCCUGUGGAAGAGCUGGAAACCAAAGUGAAGAAGAAAAAGAAGAAGAAGAAGAAGAGAGAUGAGGAGGCAGAAAGGACAGAGCACUGCGAGAAAGAGCCCGAGACGGGUGGUUUAGAUGGGGAGGAACUGGGUACUCCAUUAAAUGAAUGUCACAGAGGGAAAAAGAAGAGGAAACAUAAAGAGCAGCACGAAGGGGAAAACACCAACUGUGAUGAAAAUAUGGGCCAUGGAGAAAUUUAUGUGGGAAUAGCUGAUGGGGAGGAUCUCAGUGUGAAGGACCAGGAGGAAAAGCAGAAGAAACACCGUAAGAAGAAACACAAAAGGCAAAAAGAGGAGGUGGAGGAGUGUGUGGAAGGAGCUCCCAGGAAGAAAAAGAAGCACUGCAAGCACAUUUAACCAUUUCAGAGUCACUCUGAGGUGAAUUAGAGAAGGGCUCUGUGUAAACUCAGCAGCAAACACGUUACGCCCCAGGGUAGAACACAGUGCUCCACCUCCAGCUGGGACCACAGCCUGGGUUCAAGUGUCUCUUCUAAAGGAGAACGUGGUGAUGGGCUAACAUGAGCUUCAGUGCCAUUUUAAAAAGGGAUCCAGCACGUGAUUCAGACUGUGAAAGGCAGGGAACUACUUCCUGCUGCUUCACACCAACUGUGUUUUUCCCAAUUCAGGAAAAAAAAAUACCAAAAAAACCACUGCCUUUUUUAUUAAAGUUAUUUUCACUUGUGAGAGCCCAGCUCUGCUUCUGGAAACAGGAGGGGGUUUGCAAAGCUGUUUGUGUUUUUUCACUGAUUUUUUUGAAAAGUGGUGUCUUAAUUUUUUUCAUUGAUCUCCUUUUACAACUAAAAUGAAUGUUGUUUCUUCCCAAAAUGUUUACUCUGAUUAAAGGUUUACAGCUGAGUGUCAGUACUAGAGGAUGAAAUAAAAAUGCCUCCCCGUGUUUUCA